AUGUACUCCCGCACCUCCACCAUCUUGAGCAGAAGCUGCCGGUACUUCUUCCGCGCCCCCGUUCCCCAGCGACAGACCUUUUCGAUCUCCGCGCGCUCCUUCGCCGCCGUAAACGCAGCUAUGGCCGACGCUACCGCGGGUGUGACCGCCGACGGACUGAAGAGCAAGUUGAUCGAUCAGUUGCAGGCACAACAUGUUGAGAUUGAGGACCUUUCGGGCGGCUGUGGCCAGGCAUUCCAGGCGGUGAUUGUAUCCCCGCAAUUCGAGAAGAAGACCAUGCUCGCUCGUCACCGUUUGGUGAACUCGGUUCUCAAGGCGGAGAUCGCGGCUAUUCAUGCUUGGACGCCUAAGUGUUAUACCCCUGAGCAGUGGCAGGCCUUGCAGCAGUAG